AUGAAGGAGAGGCUGUCUAACGAUCAGACGUGGUGUACGCCAAUACCGCACGACAGGAAGGUGUCGACGGUGCGGGAUUUUUAUCAGGCGUUCCACGAUGCGAGCACGUUGCCGAUACGGACCUGCAUGAUGUGCUACCGCAAGCGGCGGCCGCUCACCAUUUUCAUGCCGGAGCUGCUUUCCCGAAGGCGAGCCCGUGGACUCACGCUGGUCGAAGAGAAGCUCGUCUCGCUCAACUCCUGCUAUGGGCACGUCAAGGGCCACAUCACAGUGUUUCCCAACAACGUGCAGGAGCUGGCGACCAAGGUGCUCCCGCACCCCCUUUUGCAAGCACUGGACGAGAUCCACGUUUCGUGGCAGGGCGUGGAGAAGCCGGCACCGAGCGACCUGUCGAGUCUCUUGUCGGUGAGGCGGCGGGUCGUCGAGAGGGCUCUUGUUUGGCUGAAGAGGAGCAACCCCCACUACGCCGAGAUCGAGAUCGACGUGGCGGAGAUGGAGAGUUGGGGAGACCCGAUAGACGGGGUGCCGGCCUUGGUGUAUGAUCGCAUGGAGCGGAACGAGCCGUCCGCAUGGGAGAAAACGCGGACGGCGCACGUUGUGCCGCCCACGGAGCGCGCCAUGGACGACGAGGGGUCGGUGGAGAUCGAGGAACUCUUCGCUCUGCUCAACCAAAGGCAGGAAACGGGAGGCGAGGCUGAAGGGCACGGGCCCAACGAAGAAGGCGCGGGUCGUGAUGGAGUUGGUGCUAGCCCCGAUCAGAACGUUCGACCAAUCAACGAGCUGCGGUUUGCCUGUGACGCUGUUGGCGCAGGUGCCGACGACGGCCGCGCGGGCCCGAGAACGUGGGUCGGAUCCUCGGUGGGGGGGGGUCGAGGGCGUGGCGACGAUGGCAGUGAGCCAUACAUUCGAGUCUCGCGGGGGGAUGAGUUUGCCGACUCCUUUGAGACGUCCUUCUUCGCCAGAACGUUCCCGACCCUGUUCCCAUUUGGCGUUGGGGGACCAAGGGGCGGCAGCGGAGACAUCGUAUCCUCCCGAAGCUUGAACCUCCGGAUUUGGGCCGACAUCGUGCUCCGGCGCCAUGGUGGCCGGUUUGCGUUGCACCACAUAUUUGCAUUUCUCGUCUUCAACAUGGGGGUGCGGUCGAGGAACCGCCGCGUCAGCAUGCUGAGUGUGGCGAGGAAGGACUUCGGCAAGGUCGAGCGCGUUGCCCGCUCGAUGACCGCGCAAAGUCGAGAGGUUCGGCUCAAUAUGCGGCGGAAAAUCCAGUCGCUCAUCGUUGGCUACGGCGUUCCGGCCAUCUGGUUCACCAUCAACCCAAACGACAUUACGAACCCGGUGAAGCUGCGACUGGCGGCAUAUCGGACACGCGAUCCCGGCGCGGCCGAGGAGUUCCUAGAAGGCCUUGGGAGUGCGUACAAGCGGACAAGGCUGGCCAUGUCCGAUCCGAUGAGCGCCGCCGUAUUCUUCCACCGGAGAUGA